UGGUUUUCUUUGUUUUCUUGGUUUUUUUAAACAGCUCAUUUGUGACGGGAACAGCCUGCUGUGGACAUACCUCACCUCUGAGAAUCUGGGACCUUGAGAGUGGUCAGCUGUUGACCUGUUUAGGGACCGACUUCCACCGUGGAGCUGGAGUCCUUGAUGUCUUUUACGAAACACCCUCCCUUCUCCUUUCUUGUGGGUAUGACACCUACAUCCGCUACUGGGACAUACGGACCAGCACCAGGAAGUGUGUCCAGGAGUGGGAAGAGCCCCAUGACAGCGCCCUGUACUGUGUAAGGAGCGAUAAGAACCAUAUGAUUGCCAGUGGGUCUUCUUACUAUGGUGUGGUGCGCCUCUGGGACAAGCGGCAGACGCGGUGCUUGCAGAGCUUUCACCUGUCUUCACCCACCAGCAGCCCAGUGUACUGCCUCCGUUUCAGUACCACCCAUCUGUACGCUGCCCUGGCAUCAGCCCUGCACGUCCUAGACUUCACAGCCCCAUGAGGGGCACCACAGCUGCUUCUGGUCACCCCAACUCAGCAGAGUUGGCACUUGGCUCAGGGAAUCGCAGGGCAGGAGAGGUGAGAACGGGCCCCCAAGGCUUCUGAAGGGAUUUUUAUUUUUUUUUUUACCUGCCAGAGGGCUACCAUGAAGAGUGCACAAAGGGCCAGACUUUCUCAACCUCACCUGCCUGUGGAAAUAAAGGCUGAUUGUCCUUUACCCUUUUUAUUUUGCGCAAGUCAGGGUUUGUUUUAUUAACUGCAUUAUUUUUUCUUUUUUUUUCCUUUUUUUUCCUGUGGAUACAGCAUUCGAGGGGCAAGUAGAGCCAGGAUGCCCCAUCAGCUGUGUGUGCUGGUCAG